GUGUCCCGUUACGUGGAACUUGUUGGUUGAAUGGAAUUCGUGUCUGUUGUCUGCUUCCCCAAACGUCACUUGCAGAUUGCAGUUUGAUCAGUUGAGUUAGUUUGCUCAAGGCAUGUUCCCGCUAUGCUACGUGUUCCAUAAACUGCUUGAUCCUAUAUCAGAGUUGUAACUAUAAAUUAGAUAUUAGGAAUAAUAAUUUUUAAAAUGAAAAUCAAAUCGCACCUAUUUAUUGUUAUAUUCUACGUUUUUUUGAACGUCUGCUAUGUCCAUUCCUUGGUUGAGGGACUCUAUUGCGGAGUCGAAAAUUGUUACGAUGUUCUUGGAGUGACGAGAGAGAGCUCAAAAAGCGCCAUAGGAAAAGCUUACCGGAAUCUUGCAAAGAAACUUCAUCCUGAUGUUCAAGGAGCUGACGUAAGCAAAGAAGAAGCUGAAAAGAAUUUUCGUAGGAUAGCAACUGCCUAUGAAAUUCUAAGUGAUAAUGCAUCUAGAGAAGACUAUGACUACAUGGUUGAUAACCCUGAAGAAAUGUACAUGCAUUACUACAGAUACUACAGGCGCCGUACAGCUCCAAAUGUUGACAUCAGAUUAAUUCUUGCUGUCUGUAUUACUAUCAUAUCUGGAAUCCAGUACUACAGUGCCUGGGAUCGCUAUGAAACUGCCAUAAAGUAUUUGACAACUGUGCAGAAAUAUCGCAUCCAUGCAACUGAAAUUGCAAAGAAGGAGGGCUUGUUCAAUGAAAGUACCAACAAGAAAUCCAAAGACAAGUCGAAAGAGAAGGAGGAAAAGGAACAGAUCAUUCGUAAGGUUAUUGAAGAGAAAAUGGAUAUCCGUGGAGGGUAUUCUAAACCAGACUGGAAACAAGUAUUGUGGUUCCAGCUCAUCAUACUGCCCUAUACCAUAUAUCAAUAUGUAAAAUGGUACAUUAUCUGGAUCUACAAAUUUAACAUUCGAAAAGAAGAGUAUGGUGAGGAAGAAAAGCUAUAUUUGAUCAAGAAGCACCUGAAGCUCUCACGUCUAGAGUUCGAUGCGCUUGAAGACCAUACCAGAGAAGAGUAUCUCGAACUUGGACUUUGGGAAAAAUCGAAAGCACUCGAGUGGAAGGCCGAGAAAGAAGAAGAGCUAAAACGAGAGCUCUCUCAAUCUGCACGCCAUAAAGCGUACAGACGCUAUCUGAAAAAAGGAACGGGUCGACUCACAUUUGACGAUUCUUAAUCUAAAUUUGGCGGAUUAGGUGAAUUUAUCAUCCGAGUUCAUCCCGUGUUGUGAUUUAAGAGUCUCUUGACAUGUGUGCAUUCAUGUGCUUAUUUGACGCAAUACAACAAUAACCAAAUU